CCCUACCUCCGAGCGUCCCGCGGGGUCUCCUGCCCCGAGGUGCACGGGCGUAGAGCGCAUUCCCUAGACCCUGGACCUUAGAGGGGUGCGCUGGCCCGGCGCAGCCCCCACCUCUGCGACCCCCGGGGGCCGUCUGGGUGGAAGCCCCCUCCCCAAGCUGCCAAAGUGCUCCGAAGUUGCGGUCCCGCCGGUUCCCCUCCGGCAGUGCCCACCCGGUGGGCAACGGCAGGUGCUUCCUUCGGGCCUGGGCAGAGACCCUCACCAAGACUGCCAGCCCACGGACGAACCCCCUGGGGUCCCCAGGCCCCCGAGGGCAGCGCUUGCAACCAGGCCUGGAGCCCUGGCCCCGCCCCGGUUGCCUGGGCCCGGCCUCCCCACCAUCUCCCUCGGGAGGGCGCCUCAUUCCUGCCCUUCACUUUCUGCUGUUACCUUGAAGACUCACAAUGCCUCGCUGAGCACCUGAGUGGAACCCAUCAGAGGAUAUCCAUGGAGGGGUCCCUGGCAGGUGGCCUGGCUGCACCGGAUCAUCCUCGAGGCCCAGAGAGAUUGCAUGGCCCAGUGCCAAGGGAGGACAUCGAGGGUGGGGCCAAAGCUGCUGAGGGGGAAGGUGGCAUCUUCCGGUCUACCCAUUACCUGCCUGUCACCAAGGAGGACAUUCUGGAUGGCAGAGGUGGCAUUUCUGACGGGCAGCCCCAUCCCGGCCUCAGCGAAGCCCUCCCCCGUGCCACCUCCGCCACCCAUCGGAUCAGCAGCUGCUGCUGGGAUGGAGGCAGCCUGGACUUCCAACUGGGCUCCCCGCCACCCCAUCUCCUGGGCCACUUCCCUGGCCCCCCUGAUGGCCAGGGACCCUGGGAGCACCCCAUGGUUCAGGAGGCUGGGGAGGGCAUCCUACCUGAGCGAAGGUUCGAGGACUCAGUCAUUGUGAGAACCAUGAAACCCCAUACUAAGCUUGAGGGCUCUAGAAAGUUCUUGUACCAUCGGGGUGAACCAAAGCUCUUGGAGAAAGCCCCCCAGGGCUGCCCCAGGUUCGAAUGGCUCCUGAAUGAGGAUGAGCAGGGUCCCCACCAGGAAGCAGGGCUGCACUUGGACCUGCCUCCCCAGCCACCACCUCCACCACUUGCCCCCUUCAGGAGGGUGUUUGUGCCUGUGGAAGACAAUCCCAAGGCUUUGGACUUGGCAGUGGUGGACACCAGAGAAGAUCUGGAGGAUCUCGAAGGACUGGCCCAGCCAUCUGAGUGGGGCCUGCCCACAUCAGCCUCAGAAGUGGCCACACAGACCUGGACAGUGAACUCAGAGGCAUCUGUGGAGCGGCUGCAGCCACUGCUGCCCCCUAUUCGGACCAGACCCUACCUGUGCGAGCUAUUAGAGGAGGUGGCUAAGGGGGUGACCAGCCCCGACGAGGAGGAGGAUGAGGAGCCAGCUGUGUUCCCGUGCAUUGAAUGCAGCAUCUACUUCAAGCAGAAGGAACACCUCCUGGAACAUAUGAGCCAGCACCGCCGAGCCCCAGGCCAGGAGCCUCCCACUGACAUCACCCCACUGGCCUGUGGUGAAUGUGGCUGGGCCUUCUCGGACCCUGCCACCCUUGAGCAGCACCGGCAGCUGCACCAGGCCUCCCGGGAGAAGAUCAUUGAGGAGAUCCAGAAGCUCAAGCAAGUCCCAGGUGACAAGGGCCGGGAGGCACGCCUACAGUGUCCCAACUGUGUCUUUGGCACCAAUUCCUCCAGGGCCUUUGUGCAGCAUGCCAAGUUGCAUAUGAGGGAACCACCAGGCCGUGCCACCAAGGAGCCUUUUGGGGGUGGCAGCAGAGCUGGCAGUCCAGGUCCUGAGGCCAGCACCCUCAUCUAUCAACCCUACGGAGCCACCUCGGGCUUCAGUGCCUGCAUCUUCUGUGGUUUCCCAGCGCCCAGUGAGAGCCUGCUCAGAGAGCACGUGAGGCUGGCCCAUGCCCGUCCCCACUGGGAAGAGGAUAGUGAGGCUUUUGAGGAGGACCCUGCCAGCCAGCCAGGCACUAGCCAGGAUGUGUACUUCCCUGACGCCACUGAGGACUACUUUGGCAAAGCUCAGCCACGCUUGGCCCCCACAUGGCAGGAGAGCCCUGCUGGAUAUGACCCCAGCCUGUCCUUUGGCCCAGGCUGCCAGCAGCUGGGCAUGAGGGAUUUUCCGCUACCAAAGCCACUCCCGCAUGGCUCUGGCCAGAGGCCUCUUGGAAGGCUGGUCUUUCCCUCCCCGCUAGCAUCCACUCCCUACUCCUUACAACUUAGUAGGAAGAAAAGCACCAUCCACUCACAGGGCCUGGGAGAUCAGAGGCACCCUUGGAGUGAAGAGGAGGAGGAAGAGGAGGAGAACGAUGACAUAGUGCUGACCUCUGAGAUGGAUUUUUCCCCCGAAAAUGGGGACUUGGCACCCCCUGCACCCUCCAGCCUCAUCCCUCAACCAGCCCUAGAGCUGAAGCAGACAUUUCGGGAAGCCCUGCGGACAGCCAAGGCCUCACAGGCCCAGCAGUGGCAGCUCCAAGGGAUGGUGCCCAUCGUGCUGGUGGCAAAGCUUGGGCCACAAGUCAUGGCAGCCGCAGCAGCCAGGGUGACCCCGAGGCUGCAGCCUGAGGAGCUAGGUCUAAUAGGCACCCACCCACUGGACUUCCUACUCCUGGAUGCACCACUGGGCAGCCAGCUGGGGCUGGACACACUCCUGGAUGGGGAUCCAGCAGUGGGGCUGAAGCACGAAGAGCGGAAAUGCCCCUAUUGCCCUGAUCGCUUCCACAAUGGCAUCGGCUUGGCCAACCAUGUCCGGGGCCACCUGAACCGCGUAGGUGUCAGCUACAACGUGCGGCAUUUCAUCUCUGCUGAAGAGGUGAAAGCCAUUGAGCGCAGAUUCUCCUUCCAGAAGAAGAAGAAAAAAGUGGCCAACUUUGACCCAGCCACCUUCAGCCUGAUGCGCUGUGACUUCUGCGGGGCUGGCUUUGACACACGGGCUGGUCUCUCCAGCCACGCCCGGGCCCACCUGCGUGAUUUCGGCAUCACCAACUGGGAGCUCACCGUCUCACCCAUCAACAUCUUGCAGGAACUGCUGGCCACUUCUGCCACUGAGCGAUCUCCCAGCCCCCUAAGCCGGGAGCCUGGCGGUCCACCUGGCAGCUUCCUGACCUCCCAUCGGCCUCGCUUACCUCUCACAGUGUCCUUUCCACCUACCUGGGCUGAGGACCCUGGGCCAGCCUACGGAGAUGGCCUAGGUUCUGAGGAAAAUGCAAUGGUGGCCAUGGACUUGGGCUCCCCCCCACUUCUUAAGAAGACCCUACCUGUCCCUGGGGUCCUGGAGCAGGUGGCUAGUCGGCUGAGCAGCAAAGUGGCUGCAGAGGUUCCUCAUGGCAGCAAACAGGAGCUGCCUGACCUCAAGGCCCAGAGCCUGACCACCUGCGAGGUCUGUGGUGCCUGCUUUGAGACCCGCAAGGGACUGUCUAGCCACGCUCGAUCCCACCUACGACAGCUAGGAGUGGCAGAGUCGGAGAGCAGCGGCGCGCCCAUCGACCUCCUCUACGAGCUUGUGAAGCAGAAGGGCCUACCUGACACGCACCUUGGGCUGCCCCCAGGCCUGGCUAAGAAAUCCAGCUCACUGAAGGAAGUGGUUGCUGGGGUCCCCCGGCCUGGCCUGCUCAAUCUGGCCAAGCCCCUGGAUGCCCCAGCUGUCAACAAAGCCAUCAAGUCACCUCCUGGCUUCUCGGCCAAGGGCCUGGCCCACCCACCAAGCUCUCCACUACUCAAGAAGGCACCGCUGGCCUUGGCAGGCUCCCCUACUCCCAAGAAUCCUGAGGACAAGAGCCCCCAGCUGUCCCUGAGCCCCCGGCCGGCCUCCCCAAAGGCACAGUGGCCUCAGUCUGAGGACGAGGGGCCCCUAAACCUCACUUUAGAUAGUGACGGGGGCAGAGAGCUGGACUGCCAGCUGUGCGGUGCCUGGUUUGAGACCCGAAAGGGCCUGUCCAGCCACGCCCGCGCCCACCUGCGCCACCUGGGCGUCAGCGAUCCGGACGCCAAGGGAUCCCCCAUAGACGUGCUCCACGGGCUCAUCAGGAGGGACGGCGUCCAGAUCCGCCUCCCACCCGGGCGUGGAGCCCUGGCCCAGCUGGGGCGGCCUCCUCCCGCCUCUGCGGGCCUCUCCUUGCUCCCCCCCCCACCGCCGGCCAAGAAGGCCAAGCUGAAGGCCUCGGGUAUGGCCAGCCCCUGGGGGAAGCAGGACCUCUCGGCCGCCGGCAUUUUCUGGGCCUCUGAUGUGGAGCCGUCUCCUCUCAACCUCUCCUCAGGCCCAGAGCCAGCACGAGACAUCCGCUGUGAGUUCUGCGGCGAGUUCUUCGAGAAUCGCAAGGGCCUAUCAAGCCAUGCACGCUCCCACCUGCGGCAGAUGGGUGUGACUGAGUGGUACGUCAAUGGCUCACCCAUUGACACGCUACGGGAGAUCCUGAAGAGACGGACCCAAUCUCGGUCUGGCGGACCCCCCAACCCACCAGGGCCCAGCCCAAAAGGCCUGGCCAAGGUGAUAGGCAGCGGAGGUCCUGGCAGCUCACUGGAAGCCCGCAGCCCCUCGGACCUUCAUAUCUCUCCCCUGGCCAAGAAGUUGCCACCGCCACCAGGCAGCCCCUUAGGCCACUCACCAACUGCCUCUCCUCCCACGGCCAGGAAGAUGUUCCCAGGCUUGGCCUCACCCUCCCUGCCCAAGAAGCUGAAGCCUGAACAAAUGCGGGUGGAGAUCAAACGGGAGAUGCUGCCGGGGGCCCUUCAUGGGGAGCCACACCCAUCUGAGGGUCCCUGGGGGGCGCCGCGGGAAGACAUGACACCCUUGAAUCUGUCGUCCCGGGCAGAGCCGGUGCGCGACAUCCGCUGUGAGUUCUGUGGUGAGUUCUUCGAGAACCGCAAGGGUCUGUCAAGCCACGCUCGCUCCCACCUGCGACAGAUGGGUGUGACAGAGUGGUCCGUCAAUGGCUCUCCCAUCGACACGCUACGGGAGAUCCUCAAGAAGAAGUCCAAGCCAUGCCUCAUCAAGAAGGAGCCACCUGCUGGAGACCUGGCCCCUGCCUUGGCUGAGGAUGGCCCCCCAACAGUGGCCCCUGGGCCCAUGCAGUCCCCACUGCCACUGUCGCCCCUGGCUGUCCGACCAGGCAAACCAGGAGUGGGGCCAGCCCAGGUUCCCCGAGAGCUCAGCCUGACACCCAUCACUGGGUCCAAGCCCUCAGCUACCAGCUACCUGGGCUCAGUGGCAGCCAAGCGGCCUCUGCAGGAGGACCGCCUCCUCCCAGCAGAGGUCAAGGCCAAGACCUACAUCCAGACUGAGUUGCCCUUCAAGGCAAAGACCCUCCACGAGAAGACUUCCCACUCCUCCACUGAAGCCUGCUGUGAGCUGUGUGGCCUUUACUUUGAAAACCGCAAGGCCCUGGCUAGCCAUGCACGGGCGCACCUGCGACAAUUUGGUGUGACCGAAUGGUGCGUGAACGGCUCACCCAUCGAGACUCUGAGCGAGUGGAUCAAGCAUCGCCCACAGAAGGUGGGCGCUUACCGCAGCUACAUCCAGGGUGGCCGCCCCUUCACAAAGAAGUUUCGUAGUGCUGGCCAUGGCCGUGAUGGCGACAAGCGGCCACCCCUGGGGCUGGCACCUGGGGGCCUGACCAUUUUGGGCCGCAGUGCCGGGGGGGAGCCAGGGCCUGAGGCUGGCCGGGCAGCUGACAGUGGUGAGCGGCCUCUAGCAGCCAGUCCCCCAGGCACAGUGAAGGCUGAGGAGCACCAGCGGCAGAACAUUAACAAAUUUGAGCGCCGACAAGCCCGCCCUCCAGAUGCCUCUGCAUCCCGGGGGGGUGAGGAGGCUAAUGACCUGCAGCAGAAGCUGGAGGAGGUGCGGCAACCCCCGCCCCGUGUCCGGCCGGUUCCCUCUCUAGUGCCCCGGCCCCCCCAGACAUCACUUGUCAAGUUUGUUGGCAACAUCUAUACCCUCAAAUGCAGGUUCUGUGAAGUGGAAUUCCAGGGCCCCCUCUCCAUCCAGGAAGAGUGGGUACGGCACUUACAGCGGCACAUCCUGGAGAUGAAUUUCUCCAAAGCAGACCCCCAGCCUGAGGAGUCCCAGGCCCCACAGGCACAGACAGCAGCGGCAGAGGCUCCCUAACACAAAAGCAUUCCAGAUCCCCUCUUGUGCCACCUCUGUCUCUCCUCCUUUUCCUCAUCUUUCUCUUUUUCCUCCUCCUCUAUGUCCUCUUCCCUCUUCUCCCUUUUUCUUUUCCGUUUCCAAAGGAGCAAGCCAAAACCUCAAACCGGCACCCCUUGGGGGGCCAGGCACACUACAGUGGGGACACCCAUCCCCCAGCCCAAGGACUCUGGGGCCACAGGGUGUCUUCCUUCAGCCCUAGACUAUCUGGUCUGGCACCGGCAGCAGCCACAUCUUUGGUGGCAGCCAAUCUGAUCACAGGGGAGGAUAGUACCCCCCUGAGUCUAGCAGCCAGGCAGGGCAUGUCUGCCACCUGUGGCCAUUUGCAAAGACCCCAAAGACCCCUGUUUUGGAUCCCUCUCAUCCCCAUGAAUAUCCUCUUAGACGCAUAUACAUGUGAACACUCACCUCGUGAGACCGGGAUCUGCCCUAGCCCCCCAGUUCCCGAGUUGAACGAGCAUGUCAUGCCACGGUGCUUGCUCAGGGGAAGCCAUGCUCCCUCUGUGGGGCCCACUACAGCCUAGAGGCGCCCCCCCCCCAGGCCACAAUGCCACGGAAAUCCUUGUUGGCUGCCCCCAGAGCUAAGAGCUGACAGCUGCCUCCUGCCAUGUCAAGGCUCCCCAAGAGCCUCAGGGGCUCCAGGGCCCUGGGAGGGUGGGGUGGAGGGUGGGACACUCCUCCUGCACACCUGCCUCCCUCUCUCUUUUCACUGUUGCUUUCUAUGUAUAGGUCCCUAGACCUCUCACUUUUUUAAAAAGGCGUUUUGUGUAGAGAUUAAGGAACGUGGAUCUUUUUAUUUUGCAAUCCUGGGCCAGCUAGAAACCCGGAGCUGAUUUGACCUUUUGACUUUUUUCAGUGGCCACGUUUUGGUUAUCGAUGUACCUAGAAGUAUGUAAAUUAGAUUAAAUUUCUCUUCUGGAAACACCCUGGG